CAUCCCAGCCAAGGCUUUCUCAAGCUGGGUCUUAAAAACCUCCAAGAAUGGAGACUCCACCACCUCUCUGGAUAGCUUGUUCCAGUGCCUCACCACCCUCCUGGACACUGUGCCAGGGCACCUGGCUGUCCUCCCGCUUCUCAACUCGGCAUGCCAACUUGCUGCCUUCACGUAUGCCGACCUCCAUGGCUUCCACCCGCUGCUGGGCAUCCUCCUCGACCUGCUGGAGCGUGGCCUGCAGGCCCUGGCAGAGGCAGCCACGGCAGGGGCGGCCCCCAUCCUGCAGAGACUGGAGGCACCGGUGGCUGCACUGAUCAGCUUUGUGCUGCGGGGCCUGGAGGAGGUGGCGGCACUGGUCACCGUCCCUGAGCAGCUGGCGGAUGAGGUCCCCGGGAGCCGGGCCAGCACAAUGCUGCUCCAAGCUUCCAUGCUGGAGGCCACAGGCGGCGCAGAGGAGACAGCUGGGUGGACAGAGGGGGAUGCCCCGGCAGAAGCAGUCAGCGACUUGGGCACAGUCGGGGUGGUGUCAGCGCCGGGGGCCAAGGCAGCACCGAGUUGGGCCGAGGGCGACGUCACCUGCUCCCUCCCUGCAGCUGUGAAUGAGGAGGCCAAGGAGCUGAUGCCGAGACAGACAAGUGGGGCCACUGAUGGCACAUCUGGGUGGCUGCAGGUGCUGCUGGCGGCUGCGGUGAGGCUGGCGUGGGGCUCGGCCAGUGGACUGUGGCGGAUCCUGCGCAAGGCACUGGCACUGCUGCUGCAGUGGGCUCUCGUGCUGAGAAGCCGGCUCCGUCGUGCCUUGGCUGCUCUGGCGAAGAAGGGCAGCUCCAAUGUGCAGCCCCCAGCUGGGACUCCCCAGGACGCCCAGCCUGUCGGGCUGCCUGAGAGGACCCAGUCCAGCUCGGAUGCUGUGAGCCACCAGGAACACACAGCCUCAAGUGAGGAAGAAGGGGAGAGCGUGGAGCAAAGCACCCGAGCUGAGAGGAGAGGGACUGGGGACUGGUUCGCGCCAGGCUGGGAAGGCCUCUCAGCCACCACAGAUCCAGGUCAGCCCAGGAGCCAGGACCCUUCCACCUCGGAGGAAGAGAAAUAAGCAGAAAUAAGGGCUGUACAGGCUCCUGCCCCGCCACGACCACCAGCCCAGUCAGAAAUGGAUUCCCCUCAUCCCACGGGGUCACGAAACCCCAUAGCAGUCUCCACCAGUCUUUAUUUUGUGGCCUCGCUGCCAUGUGAUCAUUGUGGGUGACGUGAUCAGCGUUAUCAGAGCCAAGCCCGGGCGUCUCCAGCGUUUCCUGCCGAAACCACCAGUGCAGUUGAUGCCGGAUUCGGAUUUGCCAGGGAGCCACGCCGGAGAGCCCUGAACAGACACGUGGGAGCAUCCUCUGCCACUGGUUCCAGUCCUCGCCAUCAGACAGCCACCGCCAGCCCUCCCUCAUAAACUCAUCGGUGCCACGUUGAAAAUAGCUGUCGCCUCCCCUUUCCCCAUCACGGCUAGAAAACACCUCCUCAGUUUAUUCCUUGCUUGCUCCAGCAAGCAGAACAAAGUGGAAGGAGAAGCCAUGCGAGUAAAAGGGAGGAGGAACUUUAACGUGGGGUUAACUACCUGUGUCUGCGCUCUUAUCCUGGGAUACAUAGCCUCCUUUCAUCGAGGCCUGAUGUACAGCAGCAGGCACACAGGCAGUUACUGUAAGCCCCCGGCCCCCACUUUCAGCUCCUGUAGCUGGUUCAUUUAUCUGUACCCUUAGGAACAGUUUCUUUAAUUAAAACCCACUGAACACUUAAGCCCUGGACUGACCCCCCACUGCGAUGUUAAUUGGCUUGGAUGGUUGUCGCCAAGAAAUUAGGUUUUUGUUCCUCUUCCAUUAUUUCCUGCCCUGCACGAGCGUUAUGUAAAAUGCUGUAUCCUGGCCACACCUGCUGGAGCCUAGGCUGCAUUAGCCUGUCCAAGCAGUGGCCGUGGACUGGCACAGCACCCCCGGGCACAGGAGGGGACAGCACAUGGGACUUUUCCAUCUUGUCACAUGUCUGAGACUCUCCAUGCCCCACAAGAGACAUAAGUGAGUUUUGUUAGCCCCACUUUCCAGGUGGGGAAACUGAGGCCCAGAGAGGUUGGAGGACUCAUCUGAGGUGCCACAGCUAGGGAAUGGCUGAGCUGGAAAUAAAACCCCAAGAUCCUAAUUCUGCACUCCCCUGGCUUCAACCCAUGGGACGUGCUUUGCUUUCAGAGUCAGGGGCAGCGCACCGUUCUCCUAAUCCAGCACCUCUUGUUUAAUAAAUGAGAAAUUAGUGGGGUUUUGUGCUGCCCCUGGGUGCGUCCCCCCAUCUCAAGCAGCUGGGGGUCCUCAUUUCCCCAGGCUCAGCGUCUCAGCUCUCUCCCUUCUGUUCCCUUCCCUGGGGCUGCAGCCUGGGCAUCCAGGGCAGGUGCACAGUGCAAGAUGUAGGUUUGCAGAAUAUUUUACCCUUUUUUGGCCCCUCUCAGUUUCACCUUGAGACUCAAGAGCACCAAACUUUCACCUGCCUGAGAUAAGAAUCAGACCUGGACCCAUCCCCAGACUCACUCGCAUGUGUCCAUCUCCCUUGCUACUGGGUGAUGUGAGGGAGUCAGCUCACGCUCCUGCCUUUACACCAGUGGGGCAAAAAAAAAGACUCUGGCCCUGUCUGCACCCUAUCAGUUAGCAAGGUCAAGGUGGCACUGCCAGCCCUGGGGGAGCCCUUCUCUUUAACCUCUCCUCCUCACACUGUGUUGCUGUAGCAGCUCAGGUUUUACGAGCCAAUUUACCUCCCUACGCAGCUCCGAAGACAGGGCCAGGUGUCAGCUCUGCACAUGGACUUUCCAGCGAGUCAGGUGGCCCAGAGCCUUCCCCAGACCCGUCUCAAGAGGCUGGUUUCCAGAUCCCUGCUGACAUAGAAUGCAAUCGUAGGUGCCCCACUUCUCUGAAUAGCCUCCUGCUUGCCUCCCUGAGAGCACGUGGCUGGACCCUUCCCAGUCUGGCUAUGAGACAAGGUCUUGCCAGGGGUAACAGCGGGGUGGAGAGACCCCAGCCCCUCAAUCAAGGGGGAUCCAGCUACAGUUUGAAUCCAAAUCUGGAAGUUCAGCGCCACGGUUUUGGUGCAGCCCCUCUAGGAGAUAAGAACCAGCUGCCAAAUUAGGGCCCAGCUCUUGAGUCCCAGGAGGCGGGUGGGUGCAGAGCCUGACCCCUGCUCCCAGUCUUGGAGCAUCGGAUGCUGGCCUUCUGAUCCAGCAGCCUCUCGGGGAUGGGCGCUAGGAUCAGCAGACUGGGCUCUGGAAAGAAAACCAAGCCCUGGUGUCUGGCAGGUAAUUACAAAGUCUGGGUCACCUGCACUGUGCUCCACUACAUACCCCAGUGGGUUGGGGGCACCUGUGGGGUGAAAUUGCGGGUGCCCAGGACCUUGUGCCUGUCCCAGUUGGGCCCUAAUUGCAUCCUUCACUGAGCCCUUAGUGGACACCGUGGCUCCCACCUAUAUCUGCCAUCCCAAGCAGGCUGGCUCGGACCUCCGCUCUUCCUUGACUCUCAAUGCACUUUCACUGAGUGCAAUUCAUGAGAUCCACCUGCUCUGGCUGGUGGAGUAAGUCAGCAGCGCAGCUUGGCCAUCCAUCCAGAUCCCUGUUCGAGUCCAGAUUCUCCCACUUGGAUCUUGUGAUCCUUUGGGGAUCAGCAAUUUUGCGGGGAGGAGAAUUGGUGACUGGGAGCCUGCACUUCUGGUUCAGUCCAAGCUGUCUUUUAACUCCCAUCCUUUCUUGCCGGCUGCUUGUCUCACAGCCAGUUCCUCUCUGCUGCGUCUCCUUGAGACUGUGGCGGGCCAGUAGGGGGCGCUUCUGAAUUGAGCCACACACCUCACUGCGCCCGACCACCUUCCAGGCUCCGAGCGCCUCCCUGGGGGUGCCUCACAUCUGGCCGACCCCCUUCCUGGAGCACACCCACUAGCCUGGGGGGGCCACUGCCACCGCCCAGGGCUAUGGACUGAUUCUGGCUCUGCGCACCUUGGGAAACACAGGCCUAGUAGCCCUCAAGGGUACUUGAUUCACUUCAAGAAGUUAGGAUGUUCCCCUCAGUCAGAAGCACAAGUAGUGGUCUCCCUUAGUCAGUCGAACCAAGGGGACCCCAAGGCAUAAUCUAGACCCACUCCCAAUAAGUCUCCCACACUAGGUACAAAGGAGAACUUUGUUUAGUUACAGAGGGUAGGGUUGGACUAGGGUACAGGGUAGAGCAAUAUCAGAAAUCCCAUAGAGCAAACUCCCAUGGCUGAGUAACCUUUGAUCACACAUCUGAGUUACUGCAAACUAUAUAUCUAGUUGGAUCUCAGGUAGCUUACUCACAAGCAUCAUCCAGAGGCAGGUGGAGAUCCCCUCUGGAGGCAGGCAGUUUCUUGAUCAUGAGUUUUGAGAGAGAGAGCAAGUUUCAGAUGGUGCAGCUCUUCUCUGUCUCUGAGUCUCCCUCAUGGCUGCUGCCCCCUCCUCCUGGGCAGUCCUCAACUUAUAUAGCCCUUGUGACCUCCUUUACCUGGUCCAAUGGAGGCCAGCACCUGUUGGCUGUCAGCCAACCAAUUUGAAAUACAUCACUAGCUGCCGGGCAGACUGGCAGUCUCUAGCCCACCAGGAAGGAAGCCCCUCACCCAGGUGUGUGAGGCCAGUCACAUAGGCAGAGGGAGCAGGUUUCCCCACUCCCUCAGGAAUGUAUCCAGCUCAGGUUUCCUAAAGAGAUAGGGUAAGGUGUGUAUCCGCUGCUAGGCCCAUCUUAACCAAAUUGUCAAAGAGCAGAGUUUUUGGGGAGAAACAGAGGUGGCCUUCUGCCACAGAGACAGAGAAAGAGAGAGAGUGCUGUGGUUUCUGCCUUUCUUGGGUUGGGAGACUGGGCCGGAUGCUGAGCUCUUCUAAAUGCCCUCUGCCACUACAGAGCACUCAUGUAAUAUCCUGGAAGGGCCGGGAGCUGGGCCGUGCCCUGAGGUGUCACAGGAAACAGGGGAAGUGACAGCAUCUGUGUAGCCCGGAGGCUACCAGGUUCCUGAGAUUACAUUAACAAAGAAGGCCCCCAGCCCUCUGGUUCCCACCAUGUCAUAGGGUCUGAGGGCUAUGGGGUGGGCUACCAGCCCUGAUCCCAAUCCCAGGCGGUUGCUUUAGCAUGUUGAAUCAAUAGAAAGGUGGUAGAUCCUCCAUCCUCGCUCAAAAAAGCCUUGGCUGGGAUGAUGUCAUUGGGGCUGGUCCUGCUUUGAGCAGGGGGUCGGGCUAGAUGUGACCUCCUGAGGUCCCUUCCAACCCUCAUUUUCUAUGAUUCUAUGAAUAAAGAGACCUCUACUGCCUGUGGCUUUUGGUCCCUGUACACUGGCAAGCAGAGGGUUAGCUAUGGCCCUUGCCUUCAGUAAAAGAGCAUAUCCUAAAGCCAGUAUGGAAGAUCUAGGUCCAGUUUGCAGAUGGGAACACCGAGGACAGCUAGGGCUGGGCCUGGCCCAAGGAAGGGGGAUGUUCUGCUUCCCUGGGCCUCAGAGCUGAGUGUCUCCCCCUGGCUCUGUUCUGCCCAGGCACCAGUGCUGCCAAGGGAGCAGCUGGGGCAUUAGCAGCGCUAUAAGCCCGCCAAGCCGUGUAGGUGUUGAUACCAGGCCCCAGCCCCAGAAAUAGCAUCGCCAGCAUCCCUCUGCCGUCUGGCCCCAGUCGCAGCAUCUUCCUCUCGGUGGAGAGCAGAACAGAUUCAAGCACUUUGGCUCGGGGAGAAAAGUGAUCUAAUCCCGUCACACCGCCUGGUCGGGCAUCUGGGACCUGAAGCACUCAGAGGUACUUGCUUUACCCCCGGGACAGGGACAAAGAAACCCAAUUGCAGCCACUUCAGUGCAUUGGCUGAGGGGUAGGACCCAGGAGUCCUGACUCCCAGGUCCUUGCUAUAAGCGCCAUGAUGUCUAUUCAUCUGUUCUCAAGGGCCAUAAACUACUCCUUUCCAGGAGUCCCUUUGCUCUAGUACAAGGAAAACCUCCUUGCCAGGUCUACUGAGAGUGGGCCAGGGCUGAAUGGCUUAUUACUCCUGCUUCCUGCUAUAACCACUGGAGAGAGCUGCUGGUCAUCACCAUAUUGCUUUUUGCAUUCAUAUUGCACAUGCCUGUGACUUGAUUCAUGGUCUGUCCUGCUGGUUUUGUAUGGGCAAAAUGAAGGGGCUCAUUCACUUGGUCCUUCUGUCCUAUGUUCUGAUCAGCUGGAAAUCCAGCUCUGAACUCCCCCAGUCUCACCCUAAAUCACUUGGCUAAGAUCAAAAGGGGCAAAACUAGGAGCCUAAUCCAGAUCUCCCAGUCCUAAUCCCAGUCCCCUAGGAGGGCAAAGCUUUCUAGAGUGAAAACACCAAGACAUCACCACAUUAGUCUCUUUU